GCGCGUGACGGCGCCUCCCAAGAUGGCGGACAACCUGCCCACAGAGUUCGAUGUGGUGGUGGUGGGCACCGGUCUGCCUGAGUCCAUUAUUGCAGCAGCGUGUGCCAGGAGUGGCCAGAGAGUUCUGCACGUGGAUUCGAGAAAUUACUAUGGUGGAAACUGGGCCAGCUUUAGUUUUUCAGGAUUAUUAUCUUGGAUUAAAGAAAAUCAGCAAAAGGCAGAUCUCAGUGAUGAGUGUGAGGACUGGAGAAAACUGAUCCUUGAGGAAGAAGAAGCAAUUCCUCUCAGCAGCAAGGAUAAAACUAUUCAACAUGUAGAAGAUUUCUGUUUUGGAGAUCAGGAUUCAGCUGAAGGUGUUGAAGAAGCUGGUGCUCUGCCAAAGCUGCGUGUGCUUGGAGCCCUUGCUGCCCAGGGCGAGUCCCCAGGGCCCGAGAAGGAGAGUCCUGCAGCAGAGAUGGGGAUUCCUCUGGGAUCACAGGAGAAGAAUGCAGCAGUGGAGAGCCCUGGAGAGGAGCCCCAGAGCUGCUCUGAGGCAGCCAGGGCAGCUGCAGGGGACGGGGCAGGAGCAGCCCCUGGCCCUGGAGCUGCUCCCAGCACGGCCGACGGCGACUCCGCUCCACAACCGGCAAAGGCAGAAGCUGCACCCUCUGAAAAUGCUGCCCAAGAACCAAAGAAAAUCACCUAUUCCCAAAUCGUUAGAGAAGGCAGAAGGUUUAAUAUUGAUUUAGUUUCUAAGUUGCUCUACUCCCGGGGCCUGUUAAUUGACCUCCUCAUUAAGUCCAACGUGAGCAGAUACGCCGAGUUCAAAAACGCCUCGCGGGUUCUCGCCUUCCGCGAGGGGAAAGUGGAGCAGGUGCCUUGUUCCAGAGCAGAUGUCUUCAACAGCAGACAGCUGACCAUGGUGGAGAAGAGAAUGCUCAUGAAAUUUCUGACAUUUUGUUUGGACUAUGAACAGCACCCUGAGGAAUACCAAGAACACGAGUCCAGGACGUUUGCUGAGUUCCUGCAGACACGGAAGCUGACCCCCAGCCUGCAGCACUUCAUCCUUCACUCCAUUGCAAUGGUGGCACAGACUGAGAGCAGCACCCUGGAAGGGCUUCAGGCCACAAAAAAAUUCCUGCAGUGCCUUGGCCGCUACGGCAACACCCCGUUCCUGUUCCCUCUGUACGGGCAGGGAGAGAUCCCACAGUGCUUCUGCAGGCUGUGUGCUGUGUUUGGGGGGAUCUACUGCCUCCGUCACGCCGUGCGCUGCCUGGUGCUGGACAGAGCCUCGGGCCGGUGCAAAGCUAUUGUGGAUCAGUUUGGACAAAGAAUAAGUGCCAACUAUUUUAUUGUGGAAGACAGUUACCUCUCAGAGAGCACAUGCACCAAUGUAUGUUACAGGCAGAUCUCCAGGGCAGUCCUCAUUACAGAUCAGUCUGUAUUGAACACGGACUCAGAGCAGCAGGUGUCCAUCCUGACGGUGCCUCCCCUGGAGCCGGGCAGCGCGGCCGUUCGUGUCAUUGAGCUCUGCUCCUCCACCAUGACGUGCAUGAAGGACACCUAUUUGGUCCAUCUAACCUGUCCAUCAACUAAAACUGCAAGGGAAGAUUUAGAGCCUGUUGUACAGAAAUUAUUCAAUCUAAAUACAGAAAAAGAGACUGAAAAUGAAGAACUGGAGAAACCCAGAGUCCUCUGGGCAGUCUACUUCAACAUGAGAGAUUCCUCAGGAGUUGAGAGGAGUUCCUAUGCUGGCUUACCCUCCAAUGUUUAUGUCUGCUCUGGGCCAGACUCUGCUUUGGGAAAUGACUGUGCUGUCAAUCAGGCUGAGACUAUUUUCCGAGAAAUGUUUCCAGCAGAGGAGUUUUGCCCCCCACCACCAAAUCCAGAAGAUAUUAUUUAUGAUGAAGAUGAGAUUGAGCCAGAAGAGUCUGGAUUGAAUAAUUCACCAGAGACAAAGCCUGAAACCUCAGCUGAGGAGAGCAGUAGUGAAGGUGGUGCUGCUGUUACAAAGGAAGAAUGAAUGAGUGAAUGAAUGAAUGAA